AUGAUAUCCCAACUCUCAAUUACAGGAGUCUCUUCGUGCACUCCAAGUUUUAAGAUAUACCCUGUUGAUGUGCAGGUUGGACGGCAAGAGAACGCUAUCGGAUGGUACCACAGCCAUCCUGGCUACGGGUGUUGGCUUUCUGGAAUCGAUGUAUCCACACAGAUGUUGAAUCAAAACUUCCAAGAGCCAUUUGUGGCCAUUGUCAUCGAUCCUGUGAGAACCAUCUCCGCUGGUAAAGUCUGUCUUGGAGCAUUCAGGACAUAUCCUAAGGGCUACAAACCAGCCAACGAGGAGCCCUCCGAGUACCAGACUAUCCCACUAAACAAGAUAGAGGACUUCGGGGUCCACUGCAAGCAGUACUAUUCGCUUGAGGUGUCCUACUUCAAAUCCUCGCUGGACCGACGACUCUUGGAUUCGCUCUGGAACAAGUACUGGGUGAACACUCUGAGCUCAAGCAGCCUCCUGACCAACGCUGACUACACCACGGGCCAGAUCUUUGACCUCAGCGACAAGCUUGAGCAAUCGGAGGCGGCAUUGGGACGCGGUGGCCUCAUUGUGGGUCUUGGGGUACAUGAGUCAUCAGAGAAGCGAACCGAAGAUAAACUCCUCAAGGCUACUAAGGACAGCUGCAAGACUACCAUUGAGAUUAUCCAUGGAUUGAUGGCACAGAUGAUCAAGGAUCGGCUGUUCAACCACAUCAAAGUUAAUAAGGCCGAUGUGUAGAUAGAUAGUUACUUAAGAUUUUGGAUUGUUUAUUUGUAACACUUCAUGUAAAAUAUAAUACUUAUUCAAAUAUCA